UAGAUCACUAGCUGUAGCCUUAGGCUAAUAGGGGCCGCAGAAUGGCGCUGGAGGCGCUUUCCAGCUUCGAGGAGUGGCUUGAGAAGCAUGGGGCGGAGCUGCGAGGUGCGCACAUCCGCCUCAGUGCAGACAACCCCGAGUGGGGCCUGGGAGUGUACACGGCCCAGCACGAGCCCAGCGCUGACGAUGGGGUGCUGUGCCGCAUCCCCCUCGCUGGCCUGGCCUUGACCGUCCAGACGUGCCUGGAGGACCCGCAGCUGGGCGACUUCUUUGGGGGCCUAUUGGCUGAGGGGGAGGGCGACGGGCGGCUGUGCCUCAUGCUCUUUCUCGUGGUGCACAAGGCACUCGGCCCGCGCUCCGCCUGGGCGCCGUAUCCACACAUCCCGCGCUUUGUGUGGAUAUGGGUGCGGGGUAUGGGCCUUAUUCGGUCGCUCUUUGAGAACACCAACGUAGUAGAGAGUAUGUGACCCACUGCAGCCCCCACACCACAGCCCUGCAAGCCAUGAGCUCUUGCAAUCACGUGCCGGGGGCGAUCACGCUUAGGGCCCCUUGCCCCGAGUAGCCGUUUACUCGUGCCCCCUUGACCACAUUCACCUAUCAGCUACUUGGCGGUGCUCCCGCGUCCGCGCGAGUGCCCUGUCCCGCUCACCUGGACGGACCACGAGCUGCAGGCGCUGCGCGGGACUCCCCUCCUGGCCGCCACCCUGAGCAUGCGGCGCCAGCUGCAGGCGUUGUGGGACAGCAAGGUGCAGGCCCUGCUGCACGCCGCCUUCCAGCGAGUGGGCGUCAGCGCAGCCCCCUCCUGGCACGACUGGGUGUGGAGCCACGUGGUGGUGUGGAGCAGGCUGCUCGAGUGGCCUGCCCCGACCCCGGACGGCACCCCUGACGACAACAUGCAGGAGGGGCUGCUGCCGUUCAUCGACUUCUGCAACCAUGCCUCUGCCUCCCCUGUUGUGCGGGUGGCAGUUGAUGACGCCAUGGUGCUGGUCGCAGCAGCGCCGCUGCCCCCUGCGACGCAGGUGUGCAUCUCCUACGGAGAUAAGAGCAACGAGGAGUUGUUGUUCCUGUACGGCUUCGCCCUCCCUGCCAAUCCGCACGACCGCCUCCUCUUGCACGCCCCGCCCUCUGCGCUAGAACCCUUUGGCGCUCUGCCUGAGCGGCUGGCCCUCCUCCGCAGCCGGGGCCUCUCCCUGCGCUGGCUGCUCCCGGACCUGGACGAGGAGCCCCAGGCGGCGGUGCACUCGUGGCAGGCUGCGCUCGCGGCAGCGCGGGUAGUGACGAUGCCCGCAGCGGAGGCGGAACAGGCCGCAGCCCAGGAAGAGAGGGCGGACAUGUCUCCGGUAGAGGCGCCGGUGGGUGAGGUGGCGGCAUCGUCUGAUGCUGCUGAGACGGCCCACGAGGACGCGGUGCGCUGGUUGGCCGAGCUGCUGAAGGCGAGGCUGCGGGCACUGGACGGCGCCGACGAGCCGGAGGACGUAGCAGGCGCCGGCUGGGGGAGCCUGCGGGACGAGGAUGAGAUUGAGAAGGGGGAAGCGGAUGGCCCGGGAACAGGGGGCAUGCGGGCCGCGCAGGGGGUGGAGGCGGGGUCCGACAUUCGGGCUGGAUACUGCGACUACUAUCGUGCAUCGGAACGAAGACUGUGCGAAGAUUAUCUGGAUCUAGCGUCACAGUUGCUCGAGCCAACGCCCUUUGUUAUGGAUAGGUGAACGAGUCUAUCUCUGCGGUGUGGCCUUCUGGAAGAGGCUUCUGGCCUCAGGGGGACACAGCCUCCAUGCGCCGGCUCAGAUUUUCGAACCAGACUAAACCAACAGGCACUCGAUGAAAGCAAUGUCCGUUGACGAUUCAGACCCUUAUUGAGAGCCAUAGCAAUGUGGCCACCGUGGCACCUGUAGACACGUUGUAAGCAUGUGCAUUGCAAGAUUUUGAGGUCUG